CAAUACGGACUUGGUAAGUUUAUGCAAUUCUUAUAUUGUUAUUAUAUAAGCUUGUUUUGGGUUCGAGUGAUCAUUCUUCUUGGCAUCGCUCGGUGCAUUGACGUGAACUACUUUUCUGUGCUAUUUUCCGAAAAUUACAAUUAAACGUUAUCAUAAACGUGAAGGAUGUCUGUGCGGACUCGAUGGCUAUCGUGCCUCCUAUUGGCUGGGCUGAUGACGCGGUCCUCAGGUGACGGAGGGUUCCGUCUGCCCGACCAACCACCGAAGGAAGAGCGAACGCAGACCGAAGGCCGGUCCGUGAACUUCGGCCAAUCAGAAGCCGAGAACCAGGGUGGAAGAUCGCCUCAAGCGCAAGGCCGCGGCCUGUUCUCCGACUUCCUCGGGCUCGGUGAGGACCAGGACCCCUACAUCGUGCAGUCCACUCAGCAGUGCCUGAAUGGAGACCUGGCUGACUGCUUCAAGGCGCAGGCGCUGCGGUCCUUCGACGACUUCUUCGAUAAGCAGGCUUACCAGUUGUCAGAACGCGCGGUGCUGGUGAAGGUGGAGUCCCAGGCGCGGGCGCUGGCGCGGGAGCCCCCCGAGUUCGGCUCGCAGCCGCGCAGCGAGGACUCCGACUGGGACGCCCUCGUCAAGUUCGGGAUGAGGAAGAUUGAGAGGUUCUUGAGAUCAACAGCACUGGAGAUGGAAUUAGAUGACGAAGUCACAGCUGAUGGCGUCAUCGCACCGAAAUUCAUCGACGAGAUCGCUGACGAAGUCGAUAUCAUAGAAGACAAACACGCUCAUCCUCUGCGCCGCCAUAAGCUGAAGAAGCUCAUCAUCCCGAUGCUGCUGAUCCUGAAGCUGUUCAAGCUGAAGCUGCUGCUGUUCCUGCCGCUGGUGCUGGGGCUCGCCAGCUUCAAGAAGUUCCUCGGGUUUAUGGCCCUCAUCAUUCCAGGUGUGAUCGGCUACUUCAAGUUCUGCAAGCCGAACCAGUCGCCGUUCUCGCCGAGCCACUACUCCGGCCCGCAGUACAGCCCCGCCGGCGUCGGCCUGGGGCCCUACCGCGACAACUCGGGGCCUUACCACCACUACGAGAAUUAUGCUCCGGGUCCUCAGAAAUACGGCGCUUCUGGAGUAGCAUUCAGAGACGACUCAGGUGCUCAGGACCUGGCUUAUCAGGGUUGGGAGUACAGGAACAAGAAGGGAGCUGAAGACAUCAAGGCUGGAGAUGCGUGAAUCAAAGACUGAACACCUUAUUUAAGUUCUUAUACACUAUUUAUUGAUCUUAGUUAUUCUGUUAAUAAAAUGAUUUUUAUACCUUA